AUGCAGCAUCGUGCAACAUCAACUCAAAAUUUUUACCGUCGAAAAUUACCAUCGUCCUGCAUCAAUUUUGCAUCAUCUGAAGGGAAAAAACUUUUUAUCGAAAGUCUUGUUAAAGGACAUGCAAAUAUUUAUUUCCGAUUAGCAUCACAUUUUUUAACACAGGAUGAACCAUCAUAUUGUGGCCUUUCUACUUUGGUAAUGGUAUUAAAUGCACUAGAAGUGGAUCCAGGUCGAGUAUGGAAAUCACCAUGGCGUUUUUAUCAUGAAAGUAUGCUUGACUGCUGUGUACCACUUGAUGAUAUCAAGAAAACCGGAAUAACAUUAUCUCAAUUUGCUUGCUUAGCAGAAUGCAACAAACUUUACACGGAAGUAAAAUAUGCAAAUUCGAAAUCAGAAUUCCUGAAUAUCUUACGAGAAAAUGUUAAACAAUGUAUGGCAGUUGAUGAUACAAUUCUUGUGGUUAGCUAUAAUCGUCAAGUAUUAGGUCAAACUGGUGCAGGUCAUUUCUCACCGUUAGGUGCUUAUCAUGAAGAAAGUGAUCAAAUUCUUAUUAUGGAUGUUGCUCGAUUCAAAUAUCCACCACAUUGGGUACCAUUAACUAUUUUAAGGGAUGCAAUGCUUAGCAUUGAUACCACCACCGGCAAACCACGAGGUUAUUUACUACUAAAAUUGCGCUCUCACGUACAACAAUUAGCUUUACUACGCUUACAAGGUGAUAUUAGUGCUUACAAAACACUGCUUGCACCACGAUUAAAGGAAUGGGAGCAAUUUCUUGCUGAAGAAGCACUGAGCAAUCAAGAAUUGGAAUUUGAAACUGUUUGUGCAGUAUUUACGGCUAUUUUCAUGGGUUAUAUUGUAUUUCAUGAUUUUUCUGAGGCAUAUCAGAGUAUGCAAGCAGAAAGUAAAUGUCAUAAUAAUUGCUCUGACAUUCAAUUAAUGAAGCAAACCAAUUCAUGUGAUCAUAUUUGCCGUAAAAUCUUAUCUUUGGAUACCGCUUCCUAUAUUACAUCUACCGGUGUUUGUGUAUUAUUAUUAGCUUGGCCGUUGCAGGAGACAUUAUCAGAACGUGUGAGGAUACUAAAAAGACGUUUAGAAAAUGACCUUAGUAAACUGGAUGAAAAAUCACUGGAAAAAAUAAUGACAAUUCGUCAUCAGAUUGAACAGAUAUCAAACACCUGUAAAAAUGAUAUUGUGGAAUCUUAG